CACCAGCCAGCCCCAGCAAGGCAAGUGAGCUGUGAGCAGCAGCAGCUGGACGUCAAGAGCAAGGACGAAGCUGAUCGAGCAGAGAGCCUCUGGUGCUGGACACCCGCCGGCGGGACGUGCGUGUCUUAGCCAAUCCAGGCCAGGCCAAAGCUGAUCGAUCGACGAUCGCCGCAAAGACCAAGCGCGGCACGGCACGGCACGCAGCAGGUGUAUAAGUACGGGAGCGUCCUCCGCAACCUCUUCCUCGACGUCUCCUGCUUGCUCGCUCUUCACUCUAGCAAGGAGCUGUGUUCACCUGGUUGGAGCAUGGAGGACAACAACAGCGCUGCUGCUGCUGCUUCUGUGGUGACGACUAGCGUGCCUGCCGAGAAGCACGUCGCCAUCCCCGCCGCGGCGGUGGCUGCGAUGACGAACGGCGGUGGUAGCGCCGCCGAGGAGAGCAAGGCGGAGGAGGACAUGCUGCCGCCGGCGCCGGCAUUGCCGUGCGGGCCCAGGAAGACGGGGCUCCAUCUGUUCAUCAUGAACAUCCGGAGCGUCUUCAAGCUCGACGAGCUCGGAUCGGAGGUGCUCCGCAUUGCGGUGCCCGCGUCGCUUGCUCUGGCGGCCGAUCCGCUCGCCUCCCUGAUCGACACGGCGUUCAUCGGCCGUUUAGGUUCGGUGGAGAUUGCUGCUGUUGGCGUCUCAAUUGCCAUAUUUAACCAAGUGUCAAAAGUCUGCAUCUACCCUCUUGUUAGCGUAACAACAUCAUUUGUCGCGGAGGAAGAUGCUAUCAUUAGUAAAGCUGUCGAAGAAAACAGCAGCCAUGACCUGGAGAAAGCUUCCCAUGUGGAUUCAGAAACCAACAAUUCGCCUGUAUCUGGUCCUGAUAUUGCAGAAUGUGUCAACACAUGUAUCCCCACAGAGUGUACAGAGCUCUCCAACCAUGGGAGCAAGAAGAAGUACAUUCCUUCAGUCACGUCAGCACUGAUAGUUGGUUCAAUUCUUGGGCUGCUUCAGGCCAUAUUCCUGGUUUUCUCAGCGAAAUUUGUACUAAGUAUCAUGGGUGUAAAGUCUGGUUCGCCAAUGCAAGGACCCGCAGUUCGCUAUCUAACAAUAAGAUCACUUGGUGCACCUGCUGUGCUACUGUCCCUGGCCAUGCAAGGGGUUUUCCGGGGUUUCAAGGACACAAAGACACCGUUGUACGCUACUGUGGUUGGUGAUGCGACGAACAUCAUACUAGACCCGAUUUUGAUGUUUGUUUGCCAUAUGGGUGUCACCGGCGCAGCUGUUGCUCAUGUUGCUUCUCAGUACCUGAUAACAUUGAUACUGCUGUGCCGGCUCGUCCAGCAAGUUGAUGUUAUCCCGCCUAGCAUUAAAUCUCUGAAGUUUGGGCGAUUUCUUGGAUGUGGAUUCCUAUUGCUCGCAAGGGUUGUGGCAGUGACGUUCUGCGUCACCCUGGCGGCGUCGCUGGCUGCCCGCCAAGGACCAACCAUCAUGGCCGGCUUCCAAAUCUGCUGCCAGCUCUGGCUCGCCACGUCUCUUCUUGCCGAUGGAUUGGCCGUGGCAGGACAGGCUGUGCUGGCAAGUGCGUUUGCCAAAAAUGAUAACAAGAAGGUGGUCGCGGCGACAUCUCGUGUGCUGCAGCUGAGCAUCGUUCUGGGCAUGUGUCUCACUGUUGUGCUGGGACUUGCCAUGAAGUUUGGAGCUGGCAUUUUCACAAAGGACCUGCCCGUGAUUGAAGUCAUUCACAAAGGCAUCCCGUUUGUCGCCGGCACGCAGACGAUCAAUUCCCUGGCAUUCGUGUUCGAUGGCAUCAACUUUGGAGCAUCAGACUACACAUACUCUGCCUACUCCAUGGUUGCCGUUGCUUCUGUGUCCAUACCGUGCCUGGUGUACCUUUCUGCGCAUAACGGAUUCAUCGGUAUAUGGAUCGCAUUGACGAUCUACAUGAGCCUGAGGACCAUAGCUAGCACCUGGAGGAUGGGGGCAGCGAGGGGACCAUGGACUUUCCUCAGGAAGUGAUGGUGGAUUGGCUUCAGAGAUGAUCUGCGGCACGAUGCUGAUAGAUAGGCUGCGCAUGCGCGCCUCGUGUAAAAUCAGCAUAGUAUAGUAUGUGUCGUGUUGGUGUUCAAGCUUCGGACAUCGAAGUUAGAUGGAGCCAUUGCUUCCUGAUCGUUGACGUGAGGGGAGAGUUUACGCUUGCCCCUGUGAUUCAUGAUGUUGUAGUACGCCACUGAUGGCAGUUUAAUAUCUACAUUGGUACAUUGCUCUGUCCAGCAAUUCCACUCUUCUUUUUUGUUGCAAGAUAUAUGUUUUUUUUUCUUAUUUGAGAUCAUGCAAAAACUAUAGUGCCAGUUCAGAAUGAUU